UCGUCGAUUUCACUGCAAUUCGUCGACCUUUCCGCGCGAAAUCUUGUUCCUUUUCGGGUGAUCUGCAUCGAUUAGGUUUUUUUGCAUUGGUCCUCCUGCUCCGUCCAACAUGGAAGAUGGCAAGCCUUCAGCUGUCCCGGUCGAUAACGGCGACCAAGCUGAGUCUCGAUUCGCCGAGUUUUGCAAGAAUGGGCUAGCAUUGGAAGAGAAAAGCUGUAAAGAAGCAAUUAAUCUGUUUGGAGAAACCAAGCAUCUUCUACUGACAAAUAUUUCGGCAAUGGGGAAUGGAACGUCUGAAGAAGCAGAGCGGUAUUGGUUUGCUUUUAUUUUAUACUCUGUAAAGAGAUUGACUCAGAAAGUUGAGGAGAGUGAGAAUGAAGAGACUGAGAGCACUGGGCUUACCUUGUGCCGUAUAUUGAGGGCAGCUAAGCUUAACAUUGGAGAUUUUUUUAAAGAACUUCCUCAGUUUGUUGUUAAGGCUGGUCCUAUUUUAAGUAAUCUAUAUGGCACAGAUUGGGAAAGCAGGCUUGAGGCAAAGGAGAUGCACGCCAAUGCUAUUCACUUGAAGAUUCUUAGCAAGUACUAUAAACGUGUAUUUGAAGAGUUCUUCGUGGCAACUGAUGCAAAUGUUGAAAAAAGCUCAUCUGUCACUGCUCAUGCAUCUGAAUACCAUCGCUUUGGAUGGUUACUUUUUUUGGCACUUCGUGUACAUGCUUUCAGCCGCUUCAAAGACUUGGUGACUUGCACAAAUGGUUUAAUUUCGAUCUUGGCUAUCUUAAUUAUUCAUGUUCCUGCUCGUUUUCGGAAUUUCAACAUUCAUGAUUCUUCACGCUUUGUUAAGAAGAGUAACAAAGGUGUGGACCUCCUUGCAUCACUCUGCAACAUCUAUAAUACUUCAGAAGAUGAGUUGAAGAAAACCAUGGAGAAAGCCAAUAAUUUAAUAGCAUAUAUAUUGAAGAAGCAGCCCUGUUUGGCAUCUGAAUGCGAAACUGAAAACCUAGAGAAUUUUGAUAGAGAUGGUUUGAUUUUUUUUAAAGAUCUGAUAGAGGAAUCAUCUUUGCCACCAAGUUUACAUAUCUUAGAAAAAGAUUAUGAUUACAUGAUUCGCAACAAGGGUGAACUGGAUGAGAGGUUAUUCAUUAAUGAAGACGACAGCCUGUUAGCUUCAGGAAGCUUGUCUGGAGGUUCUGUUUCAGCAAGUGGUGUAAAGAGGAAAUUUGAUUCGAUGGCAUCACCUGCUAAAACUAUUACAAGUCCCCUCUCACCUCACCGUUCUCCUGCAUCCCAUGCUAAUGGCAUUCUGGGUGCUGCAAAUUCAAAGAUGGCAGCCACCCCUGUAAGCACUGCAAUGACUACUGCAAAGUGGCUUCGUACUGUCAUUUGUCCACUUGCAUCAUGGCCCUCACAAGAGCUGGAGAGAUUCUUGACAUCGUGUGACAGGGAUGUUACAAGUGAUGUGGUGCGCAGAGCGCAGAUUAUAUUGCAGGCUAUAUUUCCUAGUAGUCCUCUUGGAGAACGAUGUGUAACUGGAAGCCUGCAAAGUGCAAACCUCAUGGACAAUAUAUGGGCGGAACAACGAAGAUUGGAAGCAAUGAAGUUAUACUUUAGGGUAUUGGAAGCAAUGUGUAGAGCAGAAGCCCAAGUACUUCAUGCAACUAAUUUAACCUCGCUUCUAACUAAUGAGAGGUUCCAUCGGUGUAUGCUUGCAUGUUCUGCAGAAUUAGUCCUGGCAACUCAUAAGACUGUUACAAUGUUGUUCCCUGCAGUACUGGAGAGGACUGGAAUUACGGCUUUUGAUCUUAGCAAGGUGAUUGAAAGUUUCAUCAGACAUGAAGAAUCCCUCCCAAGAGAAUUGAGGCGACAUCUGAAUUCAUUGGAAGAACGACUCUUGGAGAGCAUGGUAUGGGAAAAGGGUUCCUCGAUGUAUAAUUCUUUGGCAGUUGCUAGACCUGCGCUUUCUGCAGAAAUAAACCGUCUUAAACUGCUAGCUGAACCAAUGCCAUCAUUGGAUGAAAUUGCAAUGCAUACGAGCUUUUCUUGUGGAGGGCUGCCUCCUGUGCCGUGUUUGCCUAGGAUUGAGACUUCACCAACUCAGAAUGGGGAUACCAGAUCACCAAAGCAUUCUGAAUAUCGAAAUGUGUUAAUGGAGAGAAAUUGUUUUAAUUCACCAGCGAAAGAUCGGCUUCUUCCCUUCAGCAACCUUAAGUCAAGGCUACCCCCACCUCCUUUGCAGUCAGCAUUUGCCAGUCCAACUAAACCAAAUCCAGGAGGUGGAGGGGAAACAUGUGCAGAAACCGGGAUCAACAUCUUUUUCAGCAAGAUCAUUAAGUUGGGAGCAGUCAGAAUAAGUGGCAUGGUUGAAAGGCUACAAUUAUCUGCACAAAUAAAGGAGAAUGUGUUCUGUCUUUUCCAGCGAAUCCUAAAUCAAUGGACAUCUCUCUUCUUCAACCGCCAUAUUGACCAAAUCAUUUUGUGUUGCUUCUAUGGAGUUGCGAAGAUUUCACAACUGAACCUAACUUUCAGGGAGAUCAUAUACAACUAUAGAAAGCAACCGCAAUGCAAACCACAAGUUUUCCGUAGUGUAUUUGUUGAUUGGUCAUUGUCACGGCGUAAUGGGAGAACAGGACAGGAACAUGUUGAUAUCAUUACAUUUUACAAUGAAAUAUUCAUUCCUUCUGUAAAGCCGCUGCUUGUUGAACUUGGCCCUGGUGGAACAACUAUGAAAAGGGACCAGAUACCUGAAGUUAAUAAUAAAAGUGACGGCCAUUUAGCACAAUGUCCCGGGUCUCCUAAAAUAUCACCUUUCCCAAGCCUACCUGAUAUGUCUCCAAAAAAGGUGUCUGCCACACACAAUGUAUAUGUCUCUCCAUUACGAUCAUCUAAGAUGGAUGCUCUAAUAUCACAUAGCUCAAAAAGCUAUUAUGCAUGUGUUGGGGAGAGCACUCAUGCAUAUCAGAGCCCUUCAAAAGACCUGACUGCCAUCAAUAACCGUUUGAAUGGUAACCGGAAGGUUAGAGGUUCCCUCAAUUUUGAUGAAGUUGAUGCGGGCUUGGUUAGUGACACUAUGGUUGCAAACAGCCUCUAUCUGCCGAAUGGAAGUUGUGCAUCAUCUUCAGGUGCACCAUUGAAGUCUGAGCAACCUGACUCUUAAGAGUUCUUCAAUGUGUGUAAAUUCUGCUUCUCUCCUUUCUAACUAUGCUGGUUUAUGAGGCGGGGGGUAUUGUAUGAGCGUUGAUAAUGUAGAAUGCCGCCACUACCCUCUUGUACUUUUGUUUAUGUUAGGUAUUUAAUGGAAAAUGUAAG